AUGGAUUCAUUGGAGCCAGAAGGAAAUGGAUCGGAGGGCCCUCUGCCGCCGCCACCUCCUGUCCCACCACAUGUUGUUCCAUUAAUAGCAGAUCAAGGACUUCCUCUGGAACCUGUCAAGAAGGUUUCCCGUGUUCCAAUUGCCAGACGAGGAUUGGGAUCCAGAGGAAGUAAACUACCUCUUUUAACUAAUCACUUCAAAGUCAAUGUUAAGAACAACGAUGGCUAUUUCUUCCACUACAGUGUGUCAUUUUCUUACGAAGAUGGUCGCCCUGUAGAAGGCAAGGGUGUGGGAAGAAAAAUCAUUGACAGGGUGCAGGAGACGUAUGACUCUGAGUUAGCAGGGAAGAACUUCGCCUAUGACGGGGAGAAGAGUUUAUUUACCGUUGGCCCUCUUCCUCGAAACAAGCUUGAAUUCACUGUUGUCUUGGAGGAUCUCAUAUCAAACAGGAAUAAUGGCAAUUGCAGCCCUGAUGGUCGCGGGAGUCCCAAUGAGAGUGACAAGAAGAGGAUGCGACGCCCAAAUCGUUCCAAAACAUUUAAAGUGGAGAUCAGUUAUGCUGCUAAAAUCCCUAUGCAGGCUAUCACUAAUGCACUGCGUGGUCAAGAUUCUGAAAAUUUUCAAGAAGCCAUCAGAGUGCUUGAUAUCAUAUUAAGGCAACAUGCUGCCAAGCAAGGGUGUUUACUUGUUCGCCAAUCUUAUUUCCACAAUGAUCCAAGGAGUUUUGCUGACGUUGGAGGUGGGGUUUUAGGCUGCAGAGGAUUCCAUUCAAGUUUCAGAACUACACAAAGUGGUUUAUCACUUAAUAUAGAUGUAUCUACUACCAUGAUCAUACAGCCUGGGCCCGUGGUGGACUUUUUAAUUGCCAACCAGAACGUGCGAAAUUCUCAUUCAAUUGACUGGGCAAAGGCCAAAAGGACGCUAAAAAAUCUGAGGAUUAAGACAAGUCCAGCCAAUCAAGAGUACAAGAUAACGGGGCUUAGCGAUCUCCCAUGCAGAGAGCAGACGUUUUCUCUGAAAAGCAAAAGUGGAAAGGAUAGCAUUGAUGCUUCUGAGGAAGUGACUGUUUAUGAUUAUUUUGUUAAUCAUCGUAAGAUAGAUCUCCGUUCUUCUGCUGAUCUUCCGUGUAUCAAUGUUGGGAAACCAAAACGUCCUACUUUCUUCCCACUUGAGCUUUGCUCUCUGGUAUCCCUACAACGGUAUACAAAAUCACUGUCAACCCUUCAAAGGGCUUCGCUGGUGGAGAAAUCUAGGCAGAAGCCCCAAGAGAGAAUGAGAGUUUUAUCUGAUGCUUUAAAAAGCAACAAGUAUAAUUCUGAACCCAUGCUUCAUAACUGUGGGGUUUCAAUAAGCAAUAGCUUUACUGAAGUGGAGGGUCGCGUUUUGCAGGCUCCAAGGCUGAUGUUUGGUGAUCGGGAGGAUAACCCAAGAAAUGGGAGAUGGAACUUGAAUAAUAAGAAAAUAGUGCAGCCAUCGAGGAUAGAAAAAUGGGCUGUGGUGAACUUUUCUGCCCGUUGUGAUACACGUGGGCUUGUGCGAGAUCUGAUUAAAUGUGGAGGAGUGAAAGGAGUUCUCAUAGAAGAACCAUUUUGUGUCUUUGAAGAAAAACCUCAGUUUAGACGUGGCCCACCUGUGAUAAGAGUGGAGAAAAUGUUUGAAGAGAUCCAAUCGAAACUUCCUGGGCCCCCCAAUUUCCUUCUUUGUCUUCUUCCUGAGCGGAAAAACUCUGACCUUUAUGGUCCAUGGAAACGGAAGAAUCUUUCUGACUUUGGAGUGGUCACUCAGUGCAUAGCUCCUACAAGGGUCAAUGACCAAUAUCUCACUAAUGUUCUGAUGAAGAUCAAUGCUAAGCUUGGUGGUCUGAAUUCAAUGCUAUCAAUUGAACAUACACCGUCAAUUCCUGUUGUUUCCAAAGACCCCACCAUCAUUCUUGGCAUGGACGUGUCACACGGUUCACCAGGACAGUCUGAUAUCCCUUCAAUUGCAGCGGUAGUCAGCUCUAGACAGUGGCCUCUAAUAUCAAAGUAUAGGGCCUGUGUCCGUACCCAGUCUCCAAAGGUUGAAAUGAUCGAUAAUUUGUUCAAGCCGGUGUCUGGGAAUGAAGAUGAAGGCAUCAUCAGGUCGAUAUUGCUUGACUUCUAUGCAACUUCUAAGAGGAAACCACAAAAUAUAAUAAUAUUCAGGGAUGGGGUAAGCGAAUCACAGUUCAAUCAAGUAUUGAACAUUGAACUCAAUCAAAUCAUUGAGGCCUGUAAAUUUCUUGAUGAUCAGUGGUGUCCCAAAUUUGUGGUAAUUGUUGCCCAGAAAAACCACCACACAAAGUUUUUCCAGCCUUCAUCUCCAGACAAUGUUCCCCCAGGAACCGUUAUUGAUAAUAAAAUAUGUCAUCCACGGAACUAUGACUUUUAUUUAUGUGCACAUGCUGGAAUGAUCGGAACUACCAGGCCGACGCAUUACCAUGUUCUGUUAGAUGAGAUUGGUUUCUCGCCUGAUGAUCUGCAGGCACUUGUGCAUUCGUUAUCAUACGUGUAUCAGCGGAGCACCACUGCCAUAUCUGUUGUUGCUCCAAUAUGCUAUGCGCACUUGGCUGCAACUCAGAUGGGACAGAUGAUCAAAUUUGAGGACAAGUCUGAGACUUCUUCGAGCCAUGGCGGGCUGUCAUCUGCUGGACCGGUUCCUGUGCCCCAGUUGCCCAAAUUGCAGGAUAACGUCCGCAACUCCAUGUUCUUUUGUUGA